AUGUCUUUCAAUUUUUCUAAUAUCAGGAACUCUCCAUCUACUCAGUCUAGUAGUCAUUCAUUUGCUACUCCAUCCACCACCCCAUUCACCCAUACCCCAUCCACCACCCCACACUUCUCCCCUGCUCAAAACAAUCCCAAUAUCAAUCCCACCCUUCCAGAUGAAGAUGUCAUCCCAGCUCAUUUUAUUGAUGCCCUCACCAAUCAGUUUAGUUUUGGUGAUUCUGAGCAGGACCUAUGGCAUAACCUCCAUGGCUUUGCAAAGGCAGCCAUUUUCAGCCUAAUCAAGGAAAACUGGGCAAUGACCAAUGCACACUGCAACACACAACAACUUCUCACAGACCUGCAAAUUCAACUCAAAAACACAUUUACACUAUCACACAAACAGAAGGCUAAUGUCCAUAUUGUUGCUGGAGACAUAAUUUUUGAGGCUAGCUGGAUCACAUUUAUGACAAUCCACUUCGAUGUUGAGUCAAAGGUCCAGCAAUCCCAAAAAGAAUUACAGUUCACAAAUAUCUAUGGUAACCCAGCACAAGAGAAAAUCCUAAUGGCAUAUAUCAAGUGGCAAUGCUCAAGCAUUCAUAAUUCAUUCCAAGAGCUGCUGCAAGAUAGUGUCAUUGGAGAUGAAACAUGCACACUCUCUGAUUUUGUGUUUGAAAAUGUUGAGGAUGAUUCACCACCAAUGGAAGAUGACUCAGGCUCACAGCACCACUCUGCCCAAGAGCCUCAAAGGAAAAAGGGAGAGGAUUUCUGGUCACAAGUGGAAAAAUGGUUUGAUGCACACAGAAAGCAAUGGGGUGAUUUAUGGACCACACCCAACUGGAACAGUUACAUCAGUAGACCACUUUCUCUGGCCAGCAAAAGUGAUUUACUGAUGUACAUCUCAGAAACAAUUGCCAAGGAUGAAGAUCACUACAAGGUCUAUGUCAUUCACAACCCAUUCAUGGAAGAUGUGCACACAGAUGACAGGUUUUUCACUGGGCCCAUCACUUCAGCUGGUCUUGGGGCUGCUGAGGAUCUCCUUCAAGAAAUGGUUUGA